AUGGCUGAUGUUGGUACUGCUCCACCUUCUGCUGCCCCUUCCGGCACCACUGUAGCAGAAGAACAGCGCUCUGGCACUGCCACUGGUUCUGGUUCUGAAGAAAAAGUUUAUGGAGGAUGUGAGGGUCCAGAUGCUAUGUAUGUGAAGUUGGUGUCUUCAGAUGGACAUGAAUUUAUAGUUAAGAGGGAACAUGCACUCACAUCUGGUACAAUCAAAGCUAUGCUUAGUGGACCCGGACAGUUUGCAGAAAAUGAGGCUAAUGAAGUUAACUUCAGAGAAAUUCCAUCUCAUGUACUACAAAAAGUAUGUAUGUACUUCACAUACAAAGUGCGCUACACUAACUCUUCUACCGAGAUCCCAGAGUUCCCCAUUGCACCUGAAAUAGCUCUAGAACUUUUGAUGGCUGCCAAUUUCCUUGAUUGU